UAUCUUAAAUGUGUUAAAUCAAAUAUUAAAUUUGAAUUGCGCUGCCUCGCACAUAAAUAAAGUAAUUAUUAAUCUAUGAUUGAUAUUAUGGAUUAACGGCUGUAAUUGUUUUUAAAUAUAAAUAAAGCUUUAUUUUAUUAAUACUGUCAAUACUUUGGAAAAAUAGUCGAUCAAUAAUUGAGAGAUAAGAUUGAUAAACGUUUCAAACUUCACGCCAUUAAAUCGACAAAUGGCGGACUUGUGUAUUGUCAUCGUUCUAAACGUAAGCAAGACAGUUAGUCUUUUCCGACGCGAUUCGUAAUAAUGGAUAGAAUAAUUAAAGGUAUAAUGAAAUAUAGACAAUGUCAUAGAGAAGGAAUGGUGAAACAAUUUCAAAAAGUCAAAGAUCAUCCCGAGCCAAAAGCAGUAUUCUUUACCUGCAUGGAUUCCCGGAUGAUACCAACUAGAUUUACGGAAACUAAUGUUGGAGAUAUGUUUGUCGUGAGAAAUGCAGGAAAUCUGAUUCCACAUUCUCAACAUUUCGCAGAUGAACUCACUAUGUGCGAGCCAGCUGCUUUGGAACUUGGUUGUGUUGUCAAUGACAUAAAACAUAUUAUAGUUUGUGGGCAUAGCGAUUGUAAAGCUAUGAAUUUAUUGUAUGCAUUAAAGGAUGAAGAAUUUGCCUCUCAGAUGAAUCGAAGGAUAUCACCAUUAAGAGCAUGGUUAUGCGCACAUGCCAGUAGCAGUUUAGCUAAAUUUCAACAGCUUGAAAUCACUGGGUUUCGCGAGCCUAUUCUAUUUCAAGCAGAAACGCCAUUACGGAAAUUUGUUGUUUACAUUGAUCCUGAAAAUAAGUUUGCCAUAGAAGACAAAUUGUCUCAAAUCAAUACAUUGCAACAGCUUCAAAAUAUAGCCUCUUAUGGUUUUUUAAAGAAAAGAUUAGAGAGGCACGAAUUACAUAUUCAUGCGUUAUGGUUUGAUAUUUAUACAGGCGACAUUUAUUAUUUUAGUAGAGCUAACAAAAGAUUUGUUGAAAUAAAUGAGUUGACAGAGACACCUUUGCUCAAAGAAAUCAAGAAAUAUUAUUCUUAGGUGUUUUGAUCUUGAGAUGGAGCUCAAAAUCUCAUGUUUAGCGAUUUAAUCGUGCAAAGAUUUGUGAAUUAUUUUUUUUCACGAGAGGUCGCUUUGUGAUUGCAUUUUUCAGUCCUUGUUAAAUUUGAUCUUUCAAUUGUAUGCGACGUACCUGAAGAUAAUGUUAUAUUUUUUAUUUCCUUUUAUAUAUAACACAACUUCUAUUGAUUUUAUAUAAGCAUAAUAUUUCGAAUAACAAAUAGGAAACAAUCAUAUUGAAUAAUUUGUAAAAUAAUAUAUUUUCUUCAUCAUUGUAUUAUAUAUAUAUAUAUAUAAUUCAGAGUGCUGUUAUAUGGAUAAAUGUGAUAGUAAUUUGAUGCUAAGAAAAGUGAAACUGCACAAAGUUAGACAUACCUAAAAAAAAGGAAGAUUAUUUUUGGAAAAUGUAAUUUUAAUAAGACGUUUGUUACCUAAUAACUUAGAGAAUGUAUAUCUAUACACAUUAUUUUCUUAUGUACUGUACUUCUUAAUUUAAUGCAAUAUAUAUAUAUAUAUUUCUUUUUCUCAUUUUACAACUUUUUCGAUCUCUUCUAUUACCUUCUAUUUCAAUCUAUUGUACCAAAUUUUAACGGAAUAUUUUUUUGGAAUAGCACGAUUGGUAGAUAAAAUUUAUUCAAAAUUAUUUUAUCAUUAUUACAAUUUUUCCGUAAAAAUAAUUGAUUUAUUCAAUCUGAUAUCGAUCGAUUCAAUUGGGAACGGUCUUCAAGCAAAUUGAAACGAAGAAAUAAAAAGCAAAGGACGCAUCCAUCGAACGAUGAACGAACAGCUUUGCGUUCGAAGGAAUUAGAGCAUGCCAUUCCCGAAAGAGAAAGCAAAACAAUGAAGGAAGGUGCCCUGAGUCAGCCAGGACGGCGAAAACACAUCGGGAUCGUAUUAAUUUAUGCAUCUUUGAUAUCAACAAAAUUUAAUUUACUAUUGAUGAGAAAUAAAAUCGAAAAUGCAAUAGA